AUGGCGGAGGCCUUGCCCCGCCGCCCGCCGCCGCCCACUAUCUAUCGCAGCGCAGCCGGUGAGGCCGCCAUCCGGGCCCUAUACGACAAGGCUCUCGCUGCGCUGCCCUACGAGCAUGCGGAGAGGCUAGUGGAGACGAGCUUUGGCACCGCCCAUGUGCUCGUAUGCGGCCCCGCUGAUGCGCCGCCCGGGGAGCCGGACCAGGAUGCAGAGCUGGAUCCUGCCAAGCACGAGUAUGGAAAGUGGGCUCUAGAGGUGCUGCGCGGCCUCGGGCUGGUGCCACCAGCUAAUGCUGACGGCGGCAAGGGCACGGCGCCACCGCCGCUCCACAUGGGAACUUCCUUUGGUGCGGCGGUAGUACUCGACCUGGCAAAUGUGGCGCCCGAGGCGAUCCGCGGCGCUGCGCUGGUUGCUCCUGGAGGGCUAUCUGCCGUGAACCCGUGGGCAUUUGCCCUCCGCCUGAUGCUUCCAGCCGUGCUGUACCGCCUGCUGCCCUGCUCCCUCACCGCCUGGCUGUCGCUGGUCAGCGUGUGCGACGAGCCUGCCGCAGAGGAGCUGGAGGUUGUCCUGAUGGGGUGGAAGCACAUUGUGCGUUACCCGCCACUGCCGGGCGGCCCCAGUGGCGUCUUCCUGCCUGACCAGCUGAGCCGCCUGACCGCCCCCACCAUCAUUAUCUGCGGCGAGCACGACAUCUGGCCCUGCAAGGCUACAGCCGCCGCCGCCGCUGCGCUGCCUGACUGCAAAACCAUCAUUAUCCCCGGCGCCAAGCACUUCCCCGCCAAGCAGCACCUGAUCCAGGCAGCUGAUUGGAUCCUCGACUGGUUUGCCGUCAAAGGGCUAGUUCCUGCCGCGACCAAAUGA